AUGCCAAGUCGCCGACAUGGGCAGAACAAGGCACAGGCAGUGGCCUCCCCCACCACUGCUGCUAUCCCCGUCACUACUGCUGCUAUCCUCGUCGCCACUGCUGCUAUCCCCAUCACCACUGCUGCUAUCCCUGCUGCUGCUGCUGUGAAUACUACUACUCUUCAAAAUGCCCGUUGGCGACGACUUCCUGCUAGAUACAGGACCUCUGAUGCAGCUCCCCCUGGUCCAGAUGAGGGUGAAACCUUCGACCUCGAGAAUAUCUCAGGGGAUGAAGAGGAACCAAGUGAUUUGCCAGUGCCUGCCACUAUGACGCCUGUAGGCUCUCAUACAAGCCCACUCCAGACCGUCACCAGCACCAUUCGGACUGACCCUUUGGCCACUGGCAACCUUAAGCAAGCCAAAGGGCCAAUGGAUAUAGCUCACUUUUACCAGGUUGAUACCGAUACUAAGGGCAAAACUUGCAUCCCUUGCGAGCAAGUAUUAGCACUACAUGAGAUCGACGAAAUGCACAAGGUCAUGGUAUAUGCAGGUUCAACAUCCACUUCAGCUCCCCGAGCGCAUGCCUUCACUUAUCACACCGAACUUUAUUUGGAAGCAGCAGAACAUUUCGGCUGGCGCAUCCUGAUAAAGGAUCUAAGUGAACGCCUAGCUUAA